UUUUUAUUUAAUUAGGGUAAAUGCAGCGGCCAUGAUGACGCAUCUCUCAAUUCUUGUUUAGUUUCCGUACUUGGAUAUAUCCAUCUUCCAUCUGCAACAUUAAUUCAACAGAGAAAUUGAAGAAGAACCGUUGGAAGAUCUCUGAAUCCACAUUCAAGCGAACAAACUACGAUCCAUGUCGAGAGAAAGGGUCAAGCGAGAAUUACCUCCCGUUCAAGAGCAUAUUGAUAAAUUGAGGAAAGUGGUAGAGGAAGGCAAUUACUAUGGAGCGUUGCAGAUGUACAAAUCAAUCAGUGCAAGAUACGUUACGGCUCAGAGGUUCUCUGAAGCUCUUGAUAUCCUCUAUUCAGGGGCAUGCAUAGAACUAGAGCACGGCCUGGUGAAUUGUGGGGCGGACCUUGCUCUUUUGUUUGUCGACACCCUAGUUAAAGCCAAGUCACCGUGCAAUGACGAUACUCUUGAUCGUAUCAGGUGUAUCUUCAAAUUGUUUCCUCGGGUUCCUGUACCACCUCAUUUGGUAGAUGUGAGUGACGAUGAAGAUGUCCAAAAUCUCCAAGAAUCUCUUGGGGAAGCGAGAUCGCGGGUAGAAAACCUGACUUCAUUCUUGAGAGCUGCUAUAAAAUGGUCUGCAGAGUUUGGAGGGCCAAGUACUGGAUAUCCUGAGUUGCAUGCUAUGCUGGGCGAUUAUCUCUACACCGAGUGUCCUGAGCUUGACAUGGUCAGAAUAUCACGGCAUUUUGUUAGAGCUGAGGACCCCGAGAAGUUUGCAUCUAUGCUGAUCAACUUUAUGGGAAGGUGUUAUCCUGGUGAAGAUGACCUUGCGAUUGCACGAGCAGUUCUCAUGUACUUAUCUAUGGGCAACAUGAAAGAUGCAAAUUUUAUGAUGGAUGAGAUUAAGAGACAAGCAGAGACAAAAAAUCCCGAGCUUUCAGAAUCAGAUCUUAUCCAAUUUAUCUCAUAUCUUCUGGAAACGUUGCAGAGGGAUGCAUUGCCUCUUUUCAAUAUGCUGAGAGUAAAAUUUAAGUCCUGCAUAGAUAGAGAACCUCUGCUUAGCGAGUUGCUGGACGAGAUUGCAGAGAGGUUUUACGGGGUGCAGCGUAAGAAUCCUUUGCAGGGAAUGUUUGGAGACAUCUUCAAGGUUAAUGAAAGUAUAUAUAUAUGAUCUGCAUUUGUCUCAUCAUAUCUUGAAGUUAAAACAAUGAAAACUCUCUCUGUUCCGUGUAGAUGAUGGGCUGAGGAAAGAGAUAGAAGAGGGAAGAAAACUCGUUGUUCCCCCACCCAUUUUGAUUUGUAUUUGGAUAUAAUCUAAUAAUGGAUAGCUCUGGAGAAUUCUCCAGGUUAUUAUAAUUUGUUUCUCUUUUCCUCAAGUGGGUAAGAUUUUUGUUCUUGUAACAUUAUAUACAUUUCUUUGUCUUCAACUAUAUUUUCAGCAUAAAUGAAAAGGAAAAACUUCAUUUUACAUCA